GGGACAGGACCUGCAGGCUGGGAAGUUCACACGCGGAUGCUGAGAACGCGGCACAUUUUGCGCACGUUUGUUUUUAUUUAUUGACACAGAUUUGCAAUGUGUGCGCAUGUUUACAGCGUCACCUGGAAGUGCUUUCGAAAUAGUAAACUAAUGUAUACACUGAUUUUAAAAUGAACUAAAUUCGCCAAGGAGUUAAGUGAGGCUUUUUAAAAAUGGAAUCAGGUGAUUCGCUUGGUGUGAGGAACCAGGUGAAUACCUCGGCUGUUUUUACCAACAUCUCACCCCCAGCAGCACCGGGAGCCGAAGAGCGCGCGCCUUCAUACGACAUGCUAAUAACAUGCAUACUCGGCACAGUUUUGACCGCCAUGUGUUUGGUGGGAGCGAUCGGAAACGUUUACACCCUGAUCAUCGUGAACACCUCCGCGCGCGUAACCGGCUCGAUGUAUGUCUACAUAGUGAACUUGGCUCUGGCGGAUCUGCUGUACCUCUCCACCAUUCCUUUCGUGGUCUGGACGUAUUUCGCGAAGGACUGGUACUUUGGCGACGUCGGGUGCCGCGUUCUGUUCAGCCUGGACCUGGUCACCAUGCACGCCAGCAUCUUCAUCCUGACCGUCAUGAGCACGGAGCGCUACCUGGCCGUGGUGAACCCGCUGGACGCCUUCGGCCGGUCCCGGCGCUACAGGCGCGCGGUCUCCUGCCUCGUGUGGCUCUUCUCCUUCGUGCUGGCUCUGCCGACCAUGAUCAUGAUCGACCUCAAGAAAGACGUGCACGACGGAGUAGAGAAGCGCAUGUGCCAUCCGACCUGGCAGAUGACCGCGUACAGAGUGUAUCUGACCGUGCUGUUUAACACCUGCAUCUUGGCUCCCGGAUUAAUCAUUGGAUACCUCUACCUGAAACUAGCCCGGACCUACUGGCUAUCCCAAACGUCUACAUUCCCGUCCAGAGAAAUGAAGAAGUGUCCCAAACAGAAGGUGUUAUAUAUGAUCUUCGGUAUAGUUCUGACUUAUUGGGCGUGUUUCUUACCCUUCUGGUUGUGGCAGUUGCUCAGCAUCUACUAUUACGCGCACGGAGGGCUCUCGGGCAGGACGGUGGUGUACAUCAACUUCGUUGUGACUUGUUUGGCGUAUAGCAACAGCUGCAUCAACCCUUUUUUGUACACUUUGUUGACGAAGAAUUACCAGGAAUACGCGAGAGACAGACAAAGAAGCAGCACAGAGUUCAAGAAGAGGUUGAGACGGUCUUCUCAAAGGUCCGUGUCUUCUGGGAAUCACGCGGUUCUGGACGCUUACAGCAAACUUUGAUACCGCCGCUUAAACACGGCAGUCGUAAAACGCAUCAUUACAGUUAACGAAUUGUUUCCUCAGUGCUGUACAGGAAUAAUAGUUUUCUCGGAACCAAACACGCAUUUUAUAUAUCAAUUAGGCAGAAAAGCUUAAUAGACAUAUAAUCGUAUUUAGUUGCACAGUGAUCUCCAAAAUAGUUAUUAGGAACGUUAAAGGUUAUUUUUUAAAUCGUGUCAAAAUAAGUUCUUUUAUGAACAUAAAGCCCAAAAAUAUCCAUUAAGCUAACCUAAGUCAUACUAGGUUGUCACAAGAAAAAAGAAAGAAAGUUUUGAGCGUCUGGAGAUGCUCUACAUUGCAGACCAAAAUUUGUCUUUAAGUGGCAGGGGUAUAUUUGCAGCAAUAGCCAAAACUACAUUGUUUGGGUCGAAAUAUAGAUUUUUAUUUCAUGUGAAAAAUCAUAUUUAGUAGAGAUCAUGUUCCGUGAAGAUAUUUAGUAAACUUCCUAUCAUAAAUAUACCACAACUUAAUGAAAAGCUUAUUUGUUCAAAGCGUUUCGUUGGUAUAUGGUUUGUUAGGACGGGACGAUUUUUAGCUUGGAUACAGCUCUUUGAAAACCUGGAAUCUGAGGGUGUGAAAAAAAUAUAUAAAUAUUGAGAAAAUCACCCUUUUUUUGUAGUUGUCCAAAUGUUGCUGUGGUUCUGAAUGGGACUGUGUUAAGUGCAUGGUUAUUUUCUAUUGUUAGAUUAUAAUGGGAAUAAUGUGUGCCAUCAUAAAUAAAGAAACCAAUGUGCAAUAUCUCAGUAAAUGAUGUGUUUUGGAUUGAUCUUUCAUUUCUGUUAAUUAUAUGUAGAAGUGCUUUGUUAUAAUAAAUAUAACAUAUAUAUUGUUACAUUGUUAUGCAAGCUCUAGUUUACACAUGAAAUAUGUUGUGCUCGAGUGCUUUGUAUUGCUGAAAAGCUAUUCAAAAAGCUAUCGGUAGUUGUGAUUUGUCCUUUGCAUGCUAUUUAGAAAAAAGAAAUCAUGUAAGCAACCGAACCUAGAAAAAUGUCCCCAUAGUGACGAUGUCUUCAUUUCCUUUAAUGCACUGAUACCUGGAAUAUUGUCAAGACAUCACAUGCAUAUAUACUUAGUGUUUGGUUUGAAUAAAAUGUCAAUAAUAAUGCAAAAAAAAAGGCAUUUGUUUUAGCUUGAUUUUGUUUGAAAAAAAAUCUAUAUUGUUUCUUCUUCUCCUUGUUUGUGAAAAUAAACUUGGUCAAGAAUUUCCAUAGCGGUGAAUGAGGUGUUGU